CAUAUUUUAUUGUAUUCUCUUUCUACUCUUUAUGAUGUAUUUAAGAUUUCACACAUAAUUAUUUUAUUUAUUGUGCUAUUAAGUUCAGUACCAGGAGUUGACAUAGAUCUUAAUGUGAUUUUUAUUAUAAAUACGUAAAAUGAUUAAACAAGUAUUUAAAUCAUUCCCGGACAAUAAACCAAUAUCGGGAUUAUGCAUAGUAGAAGAUAUUACCAAAUGCCCGACUGGAUAUAAUCCCAUAUCAAAAACACAUGACCAAGAUUCAGAUGCCGAUUUACAUAUGCAAUCAUGGAAAGAGUCUGUCUUUAUUGGCAGAAAAAUUACAAGAUAUUUAUGCUUAUCUAAGACAGAAGGGAUUUCGGAUUACAUUGUAGUAAAUAUAAAUAUAAUAAAUGAAAAAGAAUGUCCUCCUGAUGGCUAUUGUUUAAUUCCCAGAACUAUUGACAGUGAUCAAAAAGCCUGGCGAAAACGUCAACUAUGUUACAAAUUAACUAGAAAAAGUCAAGCUGCUUAUGCAAUUACUGAUAUUAUACUGUUAAGUCGAUCAAAGAAAGCACCUGAUGGUUUUAAUUUAGUUGGGGAUUUAAAUGGUUUAACACUUUGUUAUAAAACUAGUCCUCAAUCACCAAAUAAUGUGCCAUUACCAUCACUAACUUAUGGAUUAGCACCUACGCCACCAACAGAAAACAUUCCAAAUAAUAAUGGAUCUUUGAGUUCACUUCCCAGCUUAGAAUCAAGUGCUAAUGCAUUAUCUCAUGAUUAUGAUCGACUAAUGUCAUUAAAACCUACACGACCAGCACCAAAAUUACCUCCAACAUAUUCGUCUUCAAAUUAUUCGACAUUAAAUUCUUAUCAAGGGUUAGAAGGUAUUCCAUUUAUAUUAAAUCAAAAUAUUUCCAUGGAUAAUAAUUCCAUUUUUAAGGAUAUACCAGAAAUUAAAAUAAAAACAGCUGAAGAAAUUGAUUUGGAAUACAACUACAGUUUUGAACAAGAACGACAAGUGUGAUUUCCUACUUAUUUUAUAAAUUGUAAGUUUGAUACUUUUUAAAAAGUAAAAUGUAUUCAUUUGUAAUAUAAUUUUAUAAC